AUGUUUGUCGUCAACACAAAUGUUUCCAAAGCGGAGGUGCCUGAUGCAUUCCUGUCAGAAGCGUCGGAGGAGCUGGCCAAAGCCAUGGGCAAACCUCUGCAGUACAUUGCUGUCCAAGUGAACCCUGACCAAAUGAUGAUGUUUGGCAAAAAAGGAGACCCCUGUGCACUCUGCUCACUCCACAGCAUUGGGAAAAUCAAUGGUGCUCAAAACAAGCAAUACUCUAAACUUCUAUGUGGGCUGCUCAGCAAGCACCUGGGCAUCUCUGCAGACAGGAUUUAUAUAAAUUUUGUUGACUUGGACCCAGCUAAUGUGGCCUGGAACAACAGCACUUUUGGAUAA